AACAAAUAAAAUUAAAUAAAAAGAAUGGUGUUCACAGCUGAUCAUAGGAACAUUGGAGGUCGGGACCAGAUAAUUGAGCGCAUCCAAAACCAUCACACGAAUCUUACCAAAAUUAAAUCAUCGAUAAACACGAGGAUUAAGCCGAAGAAACAUGUUGAUCAUACCAAGAGUGUGAGGAAGAGCAAAUCCUCUAAGUUUCAGUUUGCCAGUCAAUAUCAAGAUAAGUACAUGAACAGCCCAGAAUUCUCUGAAGUCAGAGAGACAUUCAGGAGAGCUUAUUAUGCUAAGAGUGGGACUGAUACAAAUAAGCCAAAGACCAUGAAGUUUUUGAAUACCAUCUUAAAGCCUAAGAACAAAUUUAGUUAUGAAUUAGACCAACAUUAUAAGAAUUUAUCAAGUCUUGAGAAGAGACUUGGCGCUAUAGGAUCUCCUGGCCAGAGGAAGAAGAACCCAUUUGACCCUAUCUCACACCCUAGUCUCUUCUUUAGGAGGCUAGGAAAGGAAGACAAGGCUACUAAUCUAGAAGGAUUUGCACGCAAAGUUAAAGAGAGUUAUAAAGUUAACAAAGCGAUCCAUGAGUUUAAUAAGGCCAUGAUUGAGAAUGAUUACUUCUAUAAUGUCAGAAAUAUAGCUUAUGGAGGUAGUUAUACUGAUUAUGAGCCUCAUUCUCGACCAGACAUUUCAAGUGUCCAGAGACCGCACACUAGCAAGCCAAUGAUGGAAGGAAGUUAUCCUAACUUUUAUUACCAAGAUGAUGCUGAAGUCAUAGGCAUAAAUCAAAUACCCCAAGAGACUCCUCAGAGAAGACCAAAGACAGGUAAAUCUCGAAGUAUCCAUUAUGAAUAUGCUGAAAAAGAAGUUGGCUCUAGCAAAAAGAAAAGAAAGAGAAGCAGAUCAGCCUCUGCCAAAAAGAGAAGACUCAGACCAAAAAAGAGAAAGACAAAGCAUAGAAAAACCUAUUCAGCAAAACCCAUUAAUGAAGAAGUAAAAGGACUUGAAGCUAAGAAUCAGUAUGAGGAAGAGAAGUUUCCCAAGCUCAAUAUCCCCAUUGCAAAUGCAACUUCUCCUGAUGAAAUAGUAGCAGAGCUUAGGUCCAAACUGAUCGAUGUAAUAAUAUCACAAAGAUUGGUUAAGGAGGAAGAUCUUGACCUCUUAUUCAACGAAACUUUGAAAUCUAAUAUUGUUGGCGAGGAGGAAUACCAAGAUAUGGUGAGGGAAAUAAAAGAACACAUUGGAAUUUCAAGAUAAGUAGUAGCCAACAAUACGAGGCACAAUACUCUUUUGCUCAACAGGACUGUUAAGAGAUGAUACCAUCUGGGUAAAAAUAGAUUAUUC